AUAAACUAUCGAUACGUAAGCUUUCGUAUUAUCGAUAUUAAAGUGUUUCAAAAAGGGCUGGAAAAUAUUGUCAAAAAGUUGUUUUGACAUUAAAGAACGCUCAUGGAUCAGCUGAUACCCAUUCCUUGGGUUUUGAAUUUAUAACUUAAAAAGCGAUAUCAAUGGGCGAACUACUUCACCGAAGCUAGUGAUCAACCUGACCAGGAACUUCAACAGGAUGAUUAAGUUGCAACCUCCGUUAGACAUAUCCGGAGUAUACCACAAUUUUCGGUGUGGCGAAGUUCUGUGCAACGGCCCAUCUAGCUACAAUGUGUGCUGCUCCCUUUGCGGAGAGCGCCUGGAGCUGGAGAGAUUUCCUGCACACUUCCGUAUGGUACACCUAAGUGAGAUUGAGCCUGGCCAUGAUGAUGACAAAGCAAUGAUUAAGCUAGAGUUCGAUCCUAUUGCCCAGGAUGCCAUAGGAGCGCAGAGUGACUGUAAAAACCGGGUGGAAAUAGACGAGCAGCUGGACCAAACUUCUCGUAGACAGCAUCCUCAGAGGGUGACGGCAAUGAAGAAUACCCUGGUGGCCACUGACGAAAAGCCGCUUGAAUUGGAAAUGGACAUAGAGUGGUUGGACGCUGAAGAGGAACAUGUGGAUGAGGAGGACGCAGAAGAGGAAGAAGUUGGCUGCGCCCCGAAAGACAUGCUUUUCCAGUGUGAUCAGUGCGACAGAGCCUACAACAGCAAGCGCAGCCUUCAGAGCCACCGUCGUCAGAAGCAUAGUCCAUCUGCCAUAGAAAAAAGUAUUGAAGGAGUCGCCUCCGAGAAGCCCAGGAGGCGAAAGGGUCCGGCAAAGGUGUACAAGUGUCAUGAGGAGGCCUGUCAGCAAACGUUUCGCACGGAACGGGACCUGCGGGGCCACCGCUGGAAGCAUACAGGAAUAUUCUGCGACAUAUGCGGCAAGCCUUUCACCCAAUCCGGUAAUAUGAUGCGCCACCGGCAGCGGCACAGCGGCAUUAAGCCGUACAAGUGCCCUGAAUGUGACGCUACAUUCUACACGCAGAAGGAACUGUCCUCGCACAGCAUCUGUCACACGGGUCGAAUGCCCUGCAUCUGCGAGGUGUGCGGGCGUCCUUGCCGGGAUCGGGGUGUGCUCACCGCCCAUAUGCGUCGCCACACUGGCGAACGACCGGCCAAAUGCGAUGUCUGCGGUAAAGCAUUCUAUAGCUUCCACGAUCUCAAUGUUCACGCAGUUUCCCACACGAAUUUGCGGCCCUUCGCCUGCGACGUGUGCGGUUCCACGUUUCAGAGAAAAAAGGCUCUCCGGGUGCACAAGCUGCUUCACUCGGAGCAACGUAAAUACGUCUGCAAGCUGUGCGGCAAAACGUUUGCCCAGUCCGGCGGUCUCAAUGCUCACAUGCGCAGUCACGACCCGGCCAGGAUCAAAGGAGCAGUGAAGCCGCUGUCGCCUCCAGUAAACUCAGUAGAGCUUGUCGAGGUAAUCCAUCCGAGGGGCCAGACGCCGCACACUAGCUGCAUUCCAACCACGCCGACUACAAUUACCUUGGCCAUAGAUGAGGAUGAAGGAGCGGAGCAGGUGGGCACAAGUCCAGAAGAAGCAGUUUCAUGGCAUCUUUAGUUUCAGCUUCAGAUAUACCACAGUUAUAGCAUAAGAAUUUAUAGAAAUGUAUACAUAAGAGAUUCUAAUAUGUUUGCAGAAAAGAAAUAUCUUCAAAUGUAAAGCAAAACUUGCAUAUUUUCCAUGCAAUAAAUAUAAUUCUAGUUUAUAACGAA